GAUGGCAGUAUGAAAUUUUAAUUUUUUAGGUUAUGACCAAUGUGCUAAACUGUUGAAACUUACGCUUAGAAAACUUAUAAAAAUUAACUAUCAUCCAGCCACUGAUUUUUCAAAAAUAUACGCCUAGGACUCUAGGGAUUUUAGGUUUUAACCAUGAGCACUAAAGCAAAUGAUGGAGAAAUCGGGCGAGAUCCUAAUCCAGAAAAAACGUUUUUUGAAAACCGAUUUCAUCGAUUGGGUGAAAGCAACAUAAACAGCGAUUGUGAAUUCAUAGUUGGUCCCAACAAAAUAAUCAUCAAUGGACAUAAAUUGAUAUUUAGUGCAGCCAGUGAGGUGUUCAACGCUAUGUUCUAUGGCCUGUUGAAGGAAGACAAACCAGUAAGAGUAGAAGAUUUGACUGCAGAGGGAUUUGAAGGUAUGAAGACAUUCAUUUACGCGGGUAAAAUUAGUUUCAAAUCGGCAAAACAAGCUCUCUUGACCUAUAUUGCAGCUCGAAAAUACUUGGUGCCACUACUUAGCAACGUGUGCACAGAUUUUAUUGAAAACAAUCUCAAACCUUCAGAAGUGUUGGAGUUUUGUGAUAUUUGCAAACUCAAUUGCAUCUCAGAAUUUAACAGAACGUGUAGAAAAAUAAUUCAAGAAAACACUGAUGAGGUUGUUGACAGUGAGUAUUUCAUUCAUUCCGAACCUGAGACAGUCGAAUUGAUUUUGAAAUCACCUGCCCUAAAAUUGAGAUCAGAAAUCGAGGUUUUUGAACAUUUUGAAAGAUGGGCACUGGCUGAAAUUGAACGCAAGGAGAUCAGCGCUAAUGAAGUUGCAUCAAGUUUCAACAAUCUUAAGAAACACAUUCGAUUUUUUUCAAUGAAUGGAGAUGAAUUUGUAUCUAGGGUUGCGGAAUCUGCUCUGCUGACUCAUGAAGAAAAGCACGCAAUUGCUUUUAAUAAAUUGAAAUUAUCCUCGAAACCGAUGCCAGGUAGUAUCACAUUGAUUGAAGAACCUCGCAAGUUCAAUGUGCCUCCAUCAGUGUAUCAUCAACACUCUCACAGAUUUCUAAUUUCUAUUAAAGUCGCCAAUAGUCCAAAUCAGGGACUAUCGAUAGCAGGACUUAAUCCAAACAAUAAUACUAGCAUAAUGACAGUUUUUUGUGAAUAUCAUAAUGAAUUCAUUUAUUUUAAAUUGUGUAGUUGCUAUUACAAUGUAAAAGCAAUGUUUAUUGUCAAAUCUAAAUUUAGAGUUUUUGCUAUCAAUGAAUGUGAUGAUCUUGUAAUUGAUAAUGAGAUCCAAGAUUUUGUGAACUCACAAUCUUCACAGAUGAACAAAACAAUUUAUCUGGCAAUGAUUCCUGUAAACAAAGUACAUAAUGAACGUUUUCUGAAAAGUGUCAGUAGUAAAGUAAUUAAUAUUGAAGGAACGUUCAAGGUCGAGAGGAUCAAUCUAGCUUGAAACUAUAUUUGGAAACUGCAAAUUAUUACAUAUAAUUAUUAAUUUUAUGUUAUUUUUUUAUGAGUUAUGAAACAUGUUUUCAAGUCUUAGAAUUUUUUCCACAUCAACACUUUUAAUGUAGAUUUCAAUGAAAAGCACGCGUGUUUUUUAUUUUUGAAGUGUUGACAACAUACUGCCUACCUACUGUAAUACUAAGUGCCGGUUGCACAAAAGCCGGUUAAAUUUUUAUUCUACAAGAACCAAUAAGAGAAGCCGUCUUUUCAGAAACGUCUUCUCUGAUUGGUUCUCGUGAGAUUAAUCACGGUUAAAAUUUAACCGGCUUUUGUGCAACCGGGCCUAAGAAACAUUGAAAGGCUAGAGAAUCAGUUCAUGAAAGGAUCAAAUACGAGUGGACCAAUUAAAAAAGAUGACAUUUAUUAUUAUAUUCCAAUAUGUCAAGUUAUGUUUUUAAGUUCUAAUAAUAUUUCGUUAAUAAAACAAUUUUAAUUUAUCCUAUAUUUUGUAUUUUUCUCGUUUUGUCAAUAAUAAUUAUUAAUUUGAUCUUCAAUUGUGGAUAACUUUAUCUUAUCACCUUAUCUACUCUUGUCAAUUAUGAAUAAUAUUUUGUGAAAGUAUCACAAAUAAACGACCUCAAAAGCA